GACAAGAUCGUUCGCGAAAAACUAAAUCGCUGUUAAAAUAUAUUCCAAAAUUUUGAUAUAAAGAUUUAAAGAAUCUGUAUUUGUGAUCGUAACUAUUCACAAUACGUUAAAAAGAUAUUAAUAUUCAAGUGAUUUUACGCAAUGUGAUGCUAGAGUGAUAUUAAUGCUGAAUAUUAUAUUUAACAGUGUACGAAGAAGGUGAAGGAGAAAAGUGAUUCAAUUUCCCAUUUUUUAACCGCAUAAAGCAAAAUCGUUUAUCUUUAUUAAAAAUAAUUCGCAAUUACUCUGCAAAAUGAUAAGUAAAUUUAUUAUUAUCGGAUUUCUUUCAUAUUUGUGUUCCGAAACUCGCGCUCAGUAUUCAUUAAAAUAUUUCGAAAAAUCAUCAGUUGAAAGUCAAUGCGUUUUUGAUUUUUACCAGAAGAACUAUAAUGUGACAGAUUUAUUACGAUGCAUAUAUGAGCUCGCUGCGAAUCUUUUCGUUCAAAAUGAUGGUCGAUCAUCAAAACAAACAAACAAUCUAGAUUCGUUAGAAUCGUACGACGGUGAAUCUUAUGAAAAUAUAAUUUCAAAUGUACUUAAAAUCACAUCUUUAUAUAAUAACGCCUCAUCGACAUACCGUAAUUUUCCACUUACCGAUAAUUAUCCAUCAAACUAUCCAAAAGCACCUAACGAGUCUUUCGGCGACUUUGACGGACUUGGAGUGAAUAUUUUCAAUGCUCUAUUGUCGAUCUAUCGCUAUGACGAUCUGAAGUGCGUGCCCAGAAUACUUUGCGAAGUGGCGAGUGGAAAUCCCCCUGGAGGGUACAGGAUGGCGUCAACGGGAGGCAACUGGCAGGAAUUAGGAACAAAUCUUUUAAAGCACUGGAUUGCCAUUACGAUAUUUGAUACUCCGAUUGUAACUUUCAUCCGAGCUGCCUUGAUGGGCUACAACAAUGGAAAUCCGUCUACAUGUUACCGCGAGUUUCCAAGAUGUCCGCGUAAUCCCGACAAACUGGUGCAUUACCUGAACAAUCACAACGGCGGAUUCUUCCGAUUUUUCAGCCAAGGCGCACACGGGAGUUAUCCUCAAUUGUCUUACGCUUCGCGAGGUAAUUCGGAAAUUCUCGGAGAAAGGAAACUGAAAGCCCCGCCGCCGGGCAUUGCCCGAGCGGAGGCUGAUCGUACUGGAACGGGCGAGCUGAAGUUUGAUGUUCCCAUUUCGACUGCUCACCAAGAGCACGGAAGAAGCUUCUUUCCGGAGGAAAAUACAUUGAAGAGCUCGGGGCAAGUGGUGUUUCCGGAUCACGACGGAUCCGAUGAUCACCCAUCGGAAAACAGGAUCUCUAAAUCCCUGUCGGACUGCAAAUCCCUUACAGGACUCCAACGUAAAUGUACUUCUACGAGACUCUCCGCCGUUUUUCCCUAAGGAACUAGGAGACCAAGAUAAAUAUCUCGCAGAAUAAUUUGGUUAAUGAUCGAGCUUUUGUUUCCACUUCUUAAAAAAUCCGUGUUAUAUCGAUUCUCGCAAGUAUUGUUGACUCUUUUCCGCAAUGCUGGUUAUCUCGAUGCUCUGUACUGUGCGCGCAGGAAUGUCCGUAUCACAUAUGCAACAAGAUAAUAAAUAUAUAAAUAUGGGACAAAUAAAUAAAUAUGGGACUUCACAGGUGAUUUGGAAAUCUAUUGUGAUAUGGACAUUCCUGAGACUGAGUAUCGCGCACCUUAGUUAUGCGCGUUGUUAGCGCAUUUGGCGACUCGUUGUUAGCAUGCGAGCGGCAAGGAGGGGGCAGGAGGCGUUAAUCAGAAAAUCGAGUCGAAAGUUGCAACCAAUUCCCAUCUCUGUAGUAAUUAAUAAGUUUUCAAGGAAUGUUUAGAGUCACUAACAACAAAUUAACUGAGGAUUUUAGAUAAGAAACUAUUUGUUAAUUAAAUAAAAUUGAUGUA